GGAGCCAUGGGUAAGCCCCUCUGUAAGCUUUGUAAGCAGAAUGCAACGCCCACCGUCCUCGUGGUUUCAGAACUGCUGAGACGGGAGUACCUUACACUGGUCCUUUUUGGUUUUCAUAUUGUAAGUAUUUGCUGUCUUCAACGCUGUAUCUGAGGAUUUGAGGCCUCGCCAUGAUUAUAAUCGGAAGAAAUUUGGAGGAGAUAUAAGAGUUUAUUCGUUAACUCGCAAACUCAAACGUGGGUAUUGAUCUUUGUCUCAUAACAUGAACUGGGUUUCAAUCUCUAAGCUUCCUAUAUCAAUUGCUGCUAUAUUGGGCAUCGCUGGUUUGAUCUUGGCCCUCCGAGAUGCCAAAACGGGCAAUUUGAAGAGCUUGUCGUUGCCAUGGUCGUCCGAGAGGGAAAGUUCUUCGGAGAGGUUUUGCUUCGUACCCGGAUUGCGAAAUCUUGGGAAUAAUUGUUUUCUCAAUGUGAUUUUGCAGGCCCUGGCUAGCUGUAUAUGUUUCCGACGCUAUAUUGAAAGUGUUUUAGAGAAAAACGAGUCUUCAUCAGUUGAAGAACAGGUCGAGAGCUUGCCUCUCACGCUAGCUCUGGCCGCUUUAAUGAAAGAUCUGUGUGCUCUUCGUGACAGAAGAAUGACAUUGAAUCCUCGGAAAGUGAUGCUUGCAAUGGAUUCAUACAUUCCUAGUUUCAAUUUAACAAGUCAGCAGGAUGCUGCAGAAGCAUUCCUUCAUCUUCUGUCUUCUUUAAGAGAAGAAUUUUCAGAAUGUUAUGUUCCAAACUGCAGUUCUCUAGCAGAUAUUUCUGUUUUUACUAAUAAUAGAAUUCUCACCAUGAAGAGGAGGGAGGAACCCAGUGAACAGGACAGAUGGCAGCAGCACUUCAUUGGACCAUUUGAUGGGAUUCUUGGUAGCAUUUUAACUUGUCAAAGUUGUUCAUUUCAGAUUUCAUUGGAUUAUGAAUUUUUUCAUAGCUUGCCUCUACCGCUAAUGCAUAAUCGUGGUGGCACCAUUUUGGCUGGAUGUACCUUGGAGGAUUGCUUGAAACGGUUUGUUGUUGCUGAGCAGCUUGAGAAUUACCAUUGCAGCCAUUGCUGGCAUAUUGCUGCUGUAAAGUAUCUAUCCUCUCUAAAUGCAAGUGAGACAGAAAUUGAAAAACUGAGGUCCUGUAAUGAGGACUCCUGUUGCUGCAGAAGUGUCUUUCACCUCGAAGCGCUACCUUGGUCAAAUAGUUUUUCACGCACUUAUAAGCAACUGGUUAUUGCAUGUUGUCCAAAGAUUCUCUGCAUUCAUCUACAACGUGCUUCAAUGAAUGAAUUUGGAGAACUAGUCAAAGUUCAGGGUCAUAUUUCAUUUCCGCUAAUUCUGAACCUGCUUCCUUUCGUGAAGAGCGGAGUAGGAAUAAAGAAAUGGGAAGAAAAUUUGCAAGCAAAGAGGCAAUCACAGCCUGUUGCUCGUUGUCCCAACCAUUUUAAUGUGCAAUUGGAUGGAAGAAUGAUCAGUAGCAUUUUUGGGCCAAGGUAUGCAAACAUUACUUCUGAAGCAAUGGCUGCUGAGGAAUUGGGAAGCACUGCUGUUAAUCCUACUGAUGGCACAUGCAAUCAAGCUUUUCAAGGAGAACACAAUUUGCCUCAAACUGAAGGCUGCUCAGUCAUAAAGCAGGAGCACAUGAAUAUGGAACCUAAAGACGAGGUGAGCAAAGAUUGUCGUUUGGCACCUUCAGCUACUCAUAUGUACCAUCUUGUUUCUGUGGUUGAACACUUUGGAAGAGCUGGAAGUGGUCAUUACACUGUAUAUAGAAGGGUGGCAGCUGAAUUGAACAAUGACAACUGUGAUGGACAAUUUUGGUUCGGCCCAGUACAGUGGUUUUGUAUUUCAGAUUCUGAAGUUUAUCCUGUUUCAGAGGAAGAUGUUCUGGCUGCAGAAGCUAGUUUGCUCUUUUACGAAAGAGUUGGCGGCUGAGAAGUGGACCUUCUGUAUCUGAUAGUGCGUUCCAAGUUAUGCCCUGUUGCAGUGGUUUUGUACUUCAUAUUUUGAAGAGUAUAAUCUUUUCUAAGAUGUUCUGGCUGAUCUAUGAGAUGUUGGUGGCUGAGAAGUGUACCUUUGUGUCUGACGGUCUUUCCAAAGUCCUAGCUUGUUCUUCAAAGUUCACCAGCUGCUGCUUUACUCAACUUCAAAUGGGCUGCAAGUGAUUUGAGGGCCUAGCAGUAACUAGUGAUUUGAUCUUUAAUUCAUCAGAGUACAUUCUGCACACCAAGUUCGCUCAAAUUGCAGGCGAAAGGCAACCUCUGGAUUUGGAAAGUAGUUAGGGUGAAGCAUACUUGAAUUAGGAAAUACCUGCUGUGUUCUUGUGUUAUUUAUGAACUGGUCUGCUCUCUAGGUGUCUUAAAAGGGUCAUUUGGGCGAUAAUAAUAGCAAUAACAAGAAGACAAUUGUUGAUGUGCAAAUAAA